AAAAACGUUCGUUCAAUUAACAACUGCAGUGUGCUGAGGACCCAGUCGAAAGGAUAUUUGUGCCUUUUGGAUUACACUUCUGAUCUUCGAACAAGAUGAAGAACUUUGCUCUCUGUCUGCUGGUCGCCCUGGUGAGCUGCUGCCAGGCUGCCCCCCAAAAAGCGGAGGAGCCGAUCGCCAUCAUCAACCAGGAGUCCAACAUAGAACCAGAUGGUUCCUACAAUUAUUCAUACGAGACGGCCAAUGGAAUCAAGGCCGAGGAGACCGGAACUCUGAAGAAGGCCACCGCCCCGGAAUCCAGUGACGUGAUCAUCGCCAGGGGAUCGGUGUCGUACACCGCACCCGAUGGCACCCUGAUUACCCUGAACUAUACGGCCGAUGAUGAGAACGGUUUCCAGCCGCAGGGCGAUCAUCUGCCCACUCCGCCACCAAUCCCACCAGCGAUCCAGAAGGCUCUGGACUACCUGCUCGCCCUGCCCCCGGCAAAGCGUCGUUAGGAGGGGAUUAACACCCUAGAUUCUCAGCCAACAAUGAUGACCAACUAAACGAUUCUAAUGUGUAGAUGCUGCGCUGUUGCUACAAGUUUAUUGCACAUCCCCCACACCCCAGAUCCCUAGACAAUCACACAUAAGACACAAGCCAAGGGCUGGAGCCACCUCCCCCUUCUCCUUAUUUCACUGGGGAGGUGGUCGAAGGUCGGCCAAAUCCACUGACUGAAGAACACGAAACUCAAACGGAUUUGAGGGACAACACCACACUGAACAACCAACACAACACGAUGAUACAGAUGUAAUCCAGUCUGCUUUCUUGCUUUCUUCCACGAUCAAACACUCUCUUCUACGCGAAUUUCUUCAGAUCUUUUAGUCGCCGGAACUUUGCCAUUUUCGGACUCAUGUGAUAUCGUCGAUUUAUCAAUGAAAUCAACAAAGAAAAUGUAAAAAAAAGAACAAACAAUAAUAUACAGGAAUAUUAUCCACAGCAAACUUUGUGUAAAUAGUCUGUAUAAUUAGAAAGAUUUACACGUAGUCUAAGCGAAGAUGUGAAGAACUAUGAAGAUAUUCUUUAGCCUUAGCUGCAAAUAAAGAAUUAAAGAUUCUUUCGAAAAGUAAA